AUGCCACUCUUCGAUACAUUCUUCACUCUUCUUUCCUCGACCCUUCAAGCUCCACCUGAUCACCUGCGCAUAUUAUUCAUCCUUCUCGCUUCCUAUCCUGCAGCAUUAUUGUACAAAUCACUCCCACCAAACCCGAAUUUGAAACAUUUAUUCUCGAUAACGUUCGCUGCCCUAGUGUACCUCGGAUUGUUCAAUUUAGUGAGAGGAUUCUAUGAAUUAUUAGCUAGCGCUUUGGUGGUCUACCUGAUCAGCUAUACGGUUAGUGGGAAAUGGGCCCCAAUUCUAGUUUUUGCCUUUACCAUGGGACAUUUGAGUAUUAGCCACAUAUACCGCCAGCUAUAUCGUAUAUCAUACGACCGGUUUGAUAUAUCAGGGCCCCAAAUGAUUCUUGUUACGAAACUUACCUCGUUCGCAUUUAAUGUCUAUGACGGACAACGGUCAAUUAAGACCCUCUCGGAAUAUCAAGCAAAAAAACGUAUCCAAAGAUUUCCAUCUAUUCUCGAAUACCUCGGCUACGUAUUCUUCUUUGGCGGAUUUCUUAUCGGUCCCGCAUUUGAAUUCGCGGAUUAUCGUGAUUUCACGACUCUUGCCCUAUUCUCUAAUCCACCAGCAAGUUCCCGUUCAUCAGACUCGCCAAUUUUGUCCUCUGAUGAGACACAAAGCCAGAUGACUGAUGGACAAUCCGACGAAAAGGGUUAUCAAAAGAUGAAACAAGAAGGAAAGGAAGCAAAGAUAGUUAUACCUAAUGGAUUUGUACCAGGCAUGAAGAAGCUUUUGUUCGCAUGUUUCUGGGUUGUGUGUUUAAUAAGCUUUGGGAGAAAGUAUCCUAUGGAGUGGACUUUGGGUGAAGAGUAUGCCAACAUGAGUUUCUUGGCUAGAUUCUUUUAUAUAAACCUUGCGAGUUUUUGUGCGCGAUUUCAGUACUACAUCGUGUGGCUACUUGCCGAAGGUGCUUGUAUAUUGGUUGGACUUGGGUUUAAUGGAUAUGACGACAAAGGCAAACCGCUUUGGGACCGUGUCUCGAAUAUCGAUAUUGUCGCUUACGAAACGGCAAAUAAUUUAAAGUCUUUUGCUGAAUCAUGGAACAUGAAUACAAACAAAUGGUUAAAGAAUUAUGUCUAUCUUCGUCUAGUUCCACCGGGAAAGAAGCCAUCAUUCUUUUCGACUUUUGCGACGUUUGCGACUAGCGCGUUCUGGCAUGGAUUUUACCCGGGAUAUUAUUUGAUGUUUAUGAGUAGCGCAUUACUUCAGAGUCUGCACAGGAAUGUUCGCCGGAAAAUCCGUCCUAUAUUCCUCCAUACUCGUUAUGCCAGCUACAAACCACUAUAUGAUUUCGUAGGUUGGUUCAUAAUGCAAUCCAUGAUAUCCCACCUUGCAGUUUCCUUCGUGCUACUCUCUCUUCGUAACACUCUAUACGUAUGGCGGUUGAAUUACUUGAUUUGUCACGUCGCGAUAUUGUUCCUUUAUGUAUUUUUCAUGAUGGGAUUGGAUAAGCAACUCAGAAUAUUAUUGAAAGUGGAGGAAAAGAAGGAGAAAGUAUUGAUUUUGGAGAACUUAGAACAAGAGGCAUUGGAGGGAAAAAAGAGGAGAAAGAUAGUAGGGGAGGAAAAGGACUUGUUGGUUAGUGAAAUGGGUCUGAUUGAAAAAUGA